AUGGAGGAGUGCGCUUGCCUCUGUGGCUUGGGCUCUUCGCGGGGAUGUGGGUGUCCUCAGGAGCGCCAGGGCCCGGCUGAGAUGGCAAAGGCCAAGGGCAAGUGGUGUCCUCAGAAGAGCCAGGGCCAGGCUGAGAAGGCAGCGGCCGAGGGCAAGCAGGCCCCAGCAGAAAAGCACCUCGAGGCGGACGCCGCAGCGGGGUGCUGGGUGGGGAGUGGAAGAAUCGCGAGCCCCAGGCCGCCCCCGCACUGCUCGCUGCAGGACCUGCGGGUGGAGAUGCUGGUGGUUAUCUUGGCCUCGCUCCCCGUCACCGACCUGGCCAGCCUGGCCCAGGUCUGCACCAAAUUCCGCCUCAUCCUGCACAUCGACCACAUCUGGAGAAGGCGCUGCCGGGAGGAGUUUGGCGUUUGUGAAACCUUGCAGAAUCUGGAGGCAGUAGGUACGUCUUACCGAGAAGUCUAUGCGAAGCUGUUCCACCCAGACAGACACAUUUUGGGUUUGUGGGGGCGAGAUAUUGAGCUCUAUAAAACACUGCUGUAUGUAGCGGUGGACGUCUUCGGCAUUACUGGUUGGACGUACAGGCCUUGUCUUAACACCCAUGUGGACGGCCCAAUGCAAUUCAAGCCCGCGUUCCGAAUCCGCCUGACGGAGCGGAAAUCAGCCACGGUGGAGUGCACGGAAGGCCACCACCGCAGGCCCCACAGCCGCCACCUGCAGAUUCGGAAGGACAGGCUCACCAGCCAGUGCCAGAAGAGAGACCACCGAAGGGAUUCACCGACGCGGCUUAGGGAGGAAUUCGGGACGGCGGGCGCUGAUAUGGAAUGUCACAUGUGCCAGGCUCACGCACAUCACGGGAAUCGCAUCCCACAUAUUAGAGAUCCACCUCACGCCCCGCAUCCAGCUGCGAGAUGGCAGAACUGCCGCGACUUCCACGAGCUCUCCCGCCUGGUCCGGGAGAUGGAGGAGCAGGUGCUCUGGGAGCAGAAGCAGCAGCAAGAAGACGGGACCAAGGAAAGCAAGGGCCAUGGCUGGCAGAGCCCUGCCCAGCCCAGCGUCGGGGAGUCCUGGGCUGCAGCUGCAGAGGAGCAGCCUGCCCCCUUUGUUCUGCCUGUGGGCGUGAGCCCAAGGGACCAGAACUACCCCCGGACCUGCAGGAUGUGUUUCUAUGGCGUGGAAACUGUUCCCGUAUGUCCCUCAAACUGGCGCUACCCUGGAGUCGUCAUCCUGUUCGAUGAGAACCACUUGGGGUUCAUCGAUCUGGAGGAGAAAUCCUUCAUCCUGUUUGGCAGAGUCCAGAACACCUUCCAGAAUGUGGAGGCAGCAUACCCGCAGGCCUUCCUGGAGAUGCUCAAGAACAUUCACCCCGACCACGUUUACCACCCGAGAGGAUAG